CUUUUAUUCAACGGAAUGUGAAAUGAGCACCCUAUCCGAUUUCGCGACCCCAUUGUCAUGGUUACGGCACCAAAGCGAACAAGUAACACUUAUUAAUCAAAAGUCACAAGUAGAGCCAAUGUAAAUCAAUAAUUUUCUAUAAUUUUAAAGUUAUUAUUACCUUAACACUUCGUACAUGGAUCCCUAACGUUUGGAGCUAAGUUUUUGGCCUAGAAAAUCGAACGCGUUCUUCGAAUUCGCAGGGAAUUUGCUCGCGCUAUGUUGUCACGAAUGGAUCUAUGUUUCUUCGCUGACAUUAGAAGCAAGAAGAGAAAGUACAGACGCUAUCGUAAACCUCCUGAAUUAUUGCCGUUUUCCGUUCGAUUAACUGGUCUAAGUGGAGCUGUAAGAGUAGAAGCUUAUUUAAAACAACAGAGAGCUAAAGAAAGCAAAAACAAAGAAGAAACGCCAGAGAAAGUUGAUCAAGAUCAAGGUGAACCGACUGAGGCUCCGGGUCCGACUGGAGGAGAACAAAACCAAACAGUUUUAAACAAUUUAUAUAAACUUGGAAACGACUUAAAACAGGAAUCCGAGGAAAAGAAAACCGAAAAAAAGAAUAUUCACCUUCCUAAUAUCAGCUUAAGACACUUCGGGAACACGGGGAUCAAAAGUUUUGAGCAACUUGAAGGUGAUGACGAGGAAGAGGACACUCAAAGAUUUUUAUUCGAGGAAAACAAAUUUGCCGCUCCGAACUUACUCGCACAACUAGGAAAACUAAUUGAUUUUGUUCACGGAAAACAAGUCGAAGAACUUGAAGAUAUUUUAUCUACAAGUAGUCAAUUGUCUGGCAGUCCUGUGUUAAUAGAGGAACCAGAGGCCGAGGUUACAGAAACCUUGCGUAGUGGAGGUGUUGUUAUUCAAUUACCGGACGAUUUGAGUCAAAAACUUUUAAAUAAUUACGAGGGUCUAAGUGCUAAUGCUGUUUAUGUGAAAAGAGAAUGGCAGACUGCUAGUUAUAGAGAGCAGGCAAUUCUUCAAAAAAGAUUAGGAACUACAGACGUGCAGCAAUUUUUAGAAGGACAAAAACCAGAUACUACAAACCAAGUUACAGCAACAACGAUGGAUGCUGUAAACAAGAAAGACAAUGAAAAUAUUAAAAGUUCCGAAUCGAAAGACGCCUUGAAAAAGCCAGUGAAAAAGGAUGGAGAAUCUAAUGAAUUGAUUGGGAAUAAAUCAUCAAUGAACAAGGAGUUUGUACACGAAGGAGCUGCUUCACAAAUAUUAUCUCAAAGGAGAGAGUCCAGGGCUUCGAAUGUAUUUAUUAAACCAAAAACAAGAAUUGAAAAGUUCAAGUAUUAUGCUGAUAAAGGAGAAUCUUUAGCCAGCACUCCUGUCAGAACAAGAAAAACAUCAACCCAGAUACACAAUCUAGGAUAUAGUGGUGCUGGAUAUAGUAGUGGUGGAGGAGGUGGUGGUGGUGGUGGAGGUGCUACACCUGGUGGCAUUGGCCGCGGUGGUAGCAGUGUCCCAAGAGGAAGUAUAGUACCCGACCAUGUCUACUUCGAAGAUCAAACGUUUGAUGAAGAAUUCAAAGAAACGUCUGAAGUUCCUUCAGUACAAAUGCAAGCACCAGGUCAGCCUUCUGUCAUCAACUUCUCUUUGCUAUCGAAACAGUGUGAAGACAGAGGAUGGAUUGUACACCAGUCAGACGCAGAUGAUCUGGAAAGAACGACCAUGAUAGAAUGGGCAAGGGCAAGGCUGCUACAAGUCAUAAAGGAAAGAGACGAAGCGGAAAUAAGAGCCAAGGAACUAGGAGAUGAUGGCCCCGUUGUUCAAAAGUUUUAUGGCGAUUCACAACUCGAGGCUGCCAUGAAAUACAAAAAGGGAGUCUCAUGGGCAAAAAGAUGGAAAAAAAUGACUGAGAAUGAGAAAAAAGCGAAGUUCCUGAUUGGAAUUCCUGAUGGCACGACGUAUUGCUACUAUCCAUCAGGUCGUGUAGCUGUUUGUGCCAUCAGGUCAGGUGUAGGGCUACCGGGAAAGUAUACCUUUGUAUAUGGUGACACUGACGAUCAACCGAUGCUUGCUUCCUUUUUACCCACUGGUGUAGGAUGUUGCUACAGUGAUACUGGGAGUAUCAAGUUUAUUGCUACCCACAAAUUCGGAUCCUUGAUGGAGGAGGAUGGUAAAGUGGAAAAGAAAUGGAAGUGGCCUUUGGGUAAACUACAGUCUCCAGUCGUCGUAUCGCUCAAUCAACAUAUCAACUUAAGAUGCAUAAGCCAAACAGGGCUGACCUUAUACUUCAGCUGUCAGAAUGAAUCGACGAAGUUCCAAGUAGGGAUGGCUAAUGGUGCAAAAACAGUACGCAUUGAAGAGCUGGGUUAUCUGCAGACCGAAAAUAAGUUCACUUCUCUCGCUGCCAUUCAGUCGAUUAAAGUGAAACCAAAGAAAAAGGAAAAAAGAAAACGAGCACAGAAACAACCAAAGGUAGAAGCGAUCACGGAAGAAAUCCUGGAGGAUCGUCGAAAAGAACUGGAGGAGAAGUUUCCAGAAAGAAAAGAAAUCGAAACGGAUGCACCAUGGCAACUGGACCUGAUGAAACUUCAACGAAAAGUCAAGAAUUUGGUCUAUGAUUGGAUGGACCAUUAUCGCAUCUCUGUCGGAAUAACUGCUCCCCACCGUGCAUCAAGUCGAGCUCAACAAAGACGCCUUUUAGCUCAUUCAGCCAGGUCCCUCCCAGGGGCUAUGCCAUCGGGAAUGCAACGUACCCAUGGUAUUCCUUCAGGACGCUCCCCCUCAGCUCCUCCUAUACCAAGGGCUAAAGCCAUGACAAAGUUCGGAAGCAGACGUGGAACGCCUUCUCCCUCACGGUCAUCGCAUUCAGCGGUGACAGGAUCACGGACUGACAGGCCGUUUGACGGCGAUGCGAGUAAAGGAGUCACUAUUGACAUCCCACAAGACGGGUACAGUGGCGUGUACCAUGGGAAAACUGGUUCUAUCGCUAGCGGGUCUCGAAGUCACAGCAUGGCCUUAAGUCGUGUCCCAUUUCGUUGUGGUAUCGCACAACAACCUCGUUCCGUUACUCCACCAAAAAGCGGAUGUUGUGUUGCUCUUCGUGCUGAAAUAUUAGGCGAUCAAUAUCCGCAAUGCAGGUGUGAUCGUCGCAGAAUACCUCUCAUUACCGAUCUGGAAUAUGAUAUUUUCAUACGAGAACAUGUUGCCAAAACACAAAUGGUCGUAGUUAGUGUAACAUCUUCAUCAUUCCCAGAUGCUAACCCAUGUGAUUCGAUGCUCGAUAAGUUGUUCUACGAGGGAAACAGAAACCGUUCCAUACCAUGUGUUCAGGCUCGUCAUGAUCCAUACCGUCUCUUACGAUACGACAUAGCCAUUGCUGCACUUGAUACAGACCAUGCGCAGCCGCUAUUGCUCACCAGACAUAACGCUGUUCCUGGAAUGUUCCUGAUGUAUAUAGGAGGAAAACUUCUAUUUGCUGAUCAUAUUUUCAAUGGUUACGGUAACGCCAGGAAAGAUUUUUUAAAACAA